GCAUCGGGCGGGCGGGGGGGAACGAACCUCCGGGGAAGCGGGUCUGCGGCAGCCAUGAUACAUUUUAUCCUGCUGUUCAGCCGACAAGGGAAAUUAAGACUUCAGAAAUGGUUUAUUACACUUCCUGAAAAGGAAAAGAAAAAAAUCACCCGAGAAAUUGUGCAGAUUAUUCUGGCUCGGAAUCAAAAAAUGAGCAGCUUUGUUGACUGGAAAGAUCUCAAGCUUGUUUACAAAAGGUAUGCUAGUUUGUAUUUCUGUUGUGCAGUAGAAGAAGAAGAUAAUGAACUCCUGACCCUAGAAGUUGUCCAUCGUUAUGUAGAGCUAUUGGACAGAUAUUUUGGCAACGUAUGUGAACUGGAUAUUAUUUUCAAUUUUGAGAAAGCAUAUUUUAUACUUGAUGAAUUUCUACUGGGCGGGGAAGUUCAAGAGACAUCCAAAAAAUCUGCGGUGAAAGCCAUAGAAGAUGGUGAUAUGUUACAAGAGACAAUGGAAGAAUAUAUGAGCAAGCCUGCCUUUUAAAUCAAAACAACAGAACCAGCUAAAGGGAUCAUGUAACAUGGCAUAACAUCUCUUAAGUGCCAGAUUUUGUUUAAAAUACACAUGUCCCAAAAUUCUAAAAGUGAUAUGUUAUCUAUGCAACUGUCAAGAUGAAGGUCAGCCACAUGCUGUCAGUAUAGCAGCAUAUGUAUAUUAUACUUCACAUGAGUUUAUUUUAAUUUAAUCUUUCUUGGCUGUCUAGAUUGAAAGUUUUAUGGAAACUCUUACUAUUGUUUUUUUUACUUCUAAGAAAUUGAUACUAGAAUCUUUGAAGGAUAUAUUUAUGACUCUGGACCAAUUUCUGAUCAAUUCAAUAUAAUUUUGUAAAAACAAAA